AUGACGGAGGGUCAGAAGUUCAAACUGCCGGCGACGAUGACCAACGAUGAGAUCGCGAGGCUCGGAUCCUCGUGUCGGAGGUGGAAUGACCGGUGUGUCCGCCGCUGCCCCAGGAAAGGGAUAAUGGCCGCCGCCUUCGAGAUGUACCGGCGGUCCGCCAUCGGAAUGAGUCUCACGGAGACGCUGGACGAGAUGGUCUUCAGCGGCGCGCUCACCCCCGAGCUCGCCAUCCGGGUCCUCCUGCAGUUCGAUGAGUCCAUGAGCGCCGCGCUGGAGAAGAAGGUGACGAGCAGGGCCUUCUUCAAGGGCAGUCUGCGCACCUACAAUUACUGCGACAACGUCUGGACUUUCAACCUCAGAGACGUCAUGUUUAGGAACGAGGAGAUGUCGGAGAAAAUCCCCAAGCUCAAGAUCGUGGCCUGCGAUUCCAGUUUGGUCAAGCCUAAGCCUCCACAACAGUAG